UAUAAGGUCUAUUGUGGGCAGGGAGUAAUAAAAACAAAUAAUUACACGAUUUAUAGGUGAAAAAUUUGUUUUAUGUAUCAGAUUUGAAAUUAUUUCAUAUUUAUGUUCAUUAUUUUAUGAAUGAGGAUUAUUUGUGGAGUGAAAUUUCCCUCUCGUUUUGGAUAUGAUUACUAUGGACUUCCUCCAUUCAAAAUGGAUUCUACCCAAAUUUAAAAGAUUUUUUUUACAGUGAAUAAUGAACAUUUACAGGAUUACUAGGAAAUAUAUGCCCACUUUUUGUUUACAAUAUUAGCCCUAAAAUGGACACUAUUGUUCAGGGCCCUCCUGGUGAGGGGGCCCCAGUACAGGAUAUGAAUAUUGUGGAUACAACAAAUUGGAGUAGUCAUAACCAAGGAAUUGUAAAUAACAAUUCUACCCUUUUAUAUAUAGCAGUUGAAUAUGUCAAAGAUUACAAAAUGGGAAGUCCUCGAAACAACGUAGAUGUUACACAACCUGAAUCCUAUACGGAUUUUGACCAACAUGUUAGUCCGUUAGAUCCUAAUAUGUGUUCUGUGGCUAGAUACAGCCCGGUAUAUAAUGAACAAUCUAGUGAAUUUAACCCUGUUGUAAUCCAUCAACUUGUCACCCAAGACACUAACACUCACAGUGAACAGUUUACUAACGACUUAAAUAAUGCCUCUCUCGAAAAUAUGCCUACCGUUCUUUGUAACGAUAACUUGAGAGAAGUUAAUAAUCAGUACCUUCAAAUGGUGGAAGAAAAUAAUACUAAUAUGGUAACUUCAACUAACACCGAGGGGUUGCAGCUCGCCCCGGAAAAUGAACAGGAAGUUGAACUGCUUAUUACCGAUGAAGCAACGGGAAUUUCUUAUAGUGUGAACGCACAGGAACUUUUAGUUGAACGUUGCUUGGAAGACGACCAACUUUUGGAAGCUCUAGCCCCUGAUCCGCUGUUAGAGUCCGAUCUUUUGGCUUUAGAUGACAGCACUUUGAAAUCUGAAUUAAACGACGACAUUGACAUUUCAACGGCAGUUACUACAUCUGUCGAUGCGCAAGUCGUUAAUAGUUACAUAAACAGCUUGGCGAGCGAUGUGGCUGGCAAAAAUUUAGAUACAGAAAAUGCUUUUAAAAUGGAAACCAGGAGGAAUAGACAGAAUGAGCUGGACCCCGAAGAACAACUCUUGUCCUGCGUUUACAGCAUUACAGACAAACCUAUUUUAACUAGAGCGCGAGCGUCCCUUCCCGAGUCCUACUUGUUUAUCAAUAAAAUAAAUGACGAGAAUGCCGUGUUUGCCAAGAAGGCCAUACCAAAGAGGAGUCAAUUUGGCCCCCUCGAAGGAAUUUUAACACUGAGGACGGAGAAAGUUAAAAACGAGUUGGCAUCUCUGGUUUUUUUUAUAGAAAGUGAGGGUGCGACUUACGAGAUGGAUGUGGCUGACGAGAAUUCGUCAAACUGGAUGUGUUUUGUGCGAAAGGCGUUGACUUACGAGGAGCAGAAUCUGGUAAUAACACAAGAAAAUAACGCAAUUUAUUUCACCACUACCGCUAACAUUCUACCGAAGCAAGAAUUGAAGGUUGGGUACAGCGCUUCGUAUGCGCAUUAUUUCGAUUUACCCCUGCUGGAACCGAGAGAAAUCCACAAUUGGCCUUGCUACGAGUGUUCUGAAAAGUUUGCUUCUUCCGAAGAGUUGCAGAACCACUUGAACGUUCACGACGAGGAGAAAGAUGAAAAUACUAGGCCGAGGAAGAAAUCGAAGAACAAACGACGUUUGAUGAAAAAAUACCAGACGGAAGUGGUGGAGUGCAACGUUUGCAGCGAGAUAUUUUUCCAGUACAAUUACACUUUGCUUAAAAAUCACGUUGUGGAAAAACACAAUUUCAGUCAAGGCGCUAUCGAGGAUUAUUUUUCUGUGGUAGUAAAUUACAAGUGUGAGGUCUGCAGCACGGGCUUCAAGUCAGAAGCGUUGUUGAAAAUACAUAACCUCGAACACGACCCUGACUCAUCUGAGGAGCAACUCUUUCACGUUUGCCCGUCUUGCCUGAGAAAGUUUCCCACACAAAGACAGCUGGUGAUGCACGUCGCCCACCACGCUCUACCGAAGGUAAUCGUGCAACCGGAAAGGGUAAAAUGUCCCGUCUGCUAUAAAAUGUUUGCGCUGCGGGAGAGAUUACAGAGGCACAUGCUGGUCCACGGGUCAGAGGAGUCCAAACCGUUGCAGUGCAAAACCUGCAGCAAGAGAUUCCUGAACAAUUCCGCUCUGGCGUGCCACAUAAAGACCCACUUCAUAGGUAAGAAGGUGUUCGAGUGCCCCAUCUGCAAGGAGAGCUUCGACCACGUUCUAAAACUCAAAAUGCACGUACCCAAGCACUGCCACAACAACACCUUCACCUGUCCCCACUGCAAGAAAAUCUUCAAGAAGUACAGCAUCAUCCGCAAACACAUCAGGGCGUUCCAUUGCGAGAGGAAGCACACCUGCCAGCAGUGCACCAAGACGUUCCCCACCCUGGACAAGCUUAGGAUGCACCUGUUGCGCCAUUCGGACCACAGGGAGUUCCUGUGCGCCGAUUGCGGCAAACAGUUCAAGAGGAAGGACAAGCUGAAGGAGCACUGCAAGAGGAUGCACUCCGAGGAGAGGGAGAACACCAUUCCGAAGCAGUCCAAGCCCGUCGUCGCUGCGAAUAAGAAACUCACCCCGAAGGCGGAGCCCACCGACUUCCACAGGUUCAUUUAUAAGUGCCACGCUUGCUUGGUGGGAUUUAAAAGGAGAGGGAUGCUAGUGAAUCACUUGGCCAAACGCCACCCCGACAUAAGGCCAGACUCGGUCCCCGAAUUGAACCUACCCAUCCUCCAGACGACGCGCGACUAUUACUGUCAGUACUGCGAGAAGGUGUACAAGAGCAGUUCCAAAAGAAAAGCGCACAUCCUGAAGAACCACCCCGGCGCCGCCCUGCCCAUGAGCAACCGUAAACAGGGCUCCUUGCAGGAAGUAGCAGGUCUGCCGAAUCCGACAUUCUCCCAAACCGUAGGGAGCAUCACUACGAGGCCGCAGAGCUGCAAGUGGUGCCACAAGCAGUACGCCAGCAAGGCGAAGUUACUGCAGCACCAGAGGAAGAAGCACGCCGAUCAAAUGGCCACCGAGGCGUCGCAGGUUAAGGGAGAGAAUAACGUUUCGGGUAAGAACGUGCAACGGGAUGUGGAAAAUUGUAUUACGCAGGAAUACCAGAAGGUGGAAGUAGAUAAUAUUAUGAACGAUGAGAUCGAUGAUUAUGGUAUAGAGGAUGAUUCGCAGUACUGCCACCUAUCUAUUAACGAAAGUAACGGCAGCUUUAUAGAGACGAGCGAACUUGAAAAUCCCAACUCGCAUUUAUACCGGUUGCUAACAUCAAAUAAUGGAAUGCUUCCGCCACGUUGAAUGAAGGAACGGAGAGGAUUUUAGGGAAUUUUUCAAUGCUCCUUUGAGAGAUUUUCGCCUCUGGGCGAUUUUUGUCUGCAAGUCUGCGCCGUAGGUUGAAACCUACGUAUAGACGACAGAGAUUGCAGUUUGGCUAAGAUGUAAGGACGGUUUUAGUAAAGGAUUUUUUAACAGAUUUUUUAGCAAUAAUGUUUGUCCAUUUGUAUUAACAACAUGUAAAAUUAGCGAAUAAUAUAAUUGAGGUCUCGCGACUUCCAGAUCUUGCCCGCUUAGAAAUAACAAGAGUAAAUUUAUGUAUCUAUCAGUUUGACGGCUAAAAUUAGUAGUAUUAGUAGAAAUUUUGUUGGUUAUUUUGUAUUUAUUAUAAAAAGUAUAUAUAUACGUAGUGGUCGCCGACUAACCGUUUUGAGGAGAGUAAAAUUGAUAUUCGUAAGCUUCCAAUUGUCCGCAAUAACUGGUUUAAGGAACAGUUGUAUGUAGCUUAAAUAUUUUUCUUACCGACGAGCAAUAAAAUCGUUAUGAUUUAUCGAGAAAUAACUACGGGAACUAGAAUUAUUUGUGAAGUGGACGUAUUUGUAAGAAUUAGUUUGAAAAUUGUUUUUCACUUUUGAGCUCAUCCUACGAGUAUUAAUAAUUGUUGAAUUUGAGGAAAAGUAAUGUCGAUACUUGUUUGCCUUUAUAUUUUAUGUCGAUCGAUCUUCAAAAAUAUGAACGGUUCGU